UAAAUAAAGAUCCAAACAGCUAAAAAAAAGAAAGCGAAAAACACCGUAGAAAAGCAUACACUAUUUUAGCUCAGUUGAGUGAACAAUUUGAGCAACUUUCACUGUGAUCAGAUCCAUCUAUCUCCAUCAACCAAUAAUAGAUUAGAGAGAGAAAAAGUAAUAUCAUGGAUUUUCCGAUCCCGACUCGUCAGUUAUUCAUUAACGGCGACUGGAAAGCUCCCGUUCUUAACAAACGGAUUCCCGUCAUCAAUCCCGCCACCCAAAACAUCAUCGGCGAUAUCCCAGCCGCUACUAAGGAAGACGUCGACGCCGCCGUCGCUGCCGCUAAAACUGCUCUCAACCGUAACAAAGGCGCUGAUUGGGCUACCGCUUCUGGCGCUGUUCGUGCAGGGUAUCUACGCGCUAUCGCCGCUAAGGUUACUGAGAAAAAGCCUGUGUUAGCGAAGCUUGAGUCUAUUGAUAGUGGAAAACCACUCGAUGAAGCCGCGUGGGACAUCGAUGAUGUUGCUGGUUGCUUUGAGUACUAUGCGGAUCUUGCUGAAAAAUUGGAUGCUAGACAAAAGGCGCCGGUGUCUCUUCCGAUGGAUACAUUCAAGAGUCAUGUUCUUAGGGAACCUAUUGGAGUUGUUGGAUUGAUAACUCCAUGGAAUUAUCCUAUGUUGAUGGCGACAUGGAAGGUUGCUCCUGCACUUGCUGCGGGCUGUGCUGCGAUACUGAAGCCAUCUGAAUUGGCAUCUUUAACCUGCUUGGAGUUGGGCGAAAUAUGCAAAGAAGUGGGUCUUCCGCCAGGUGUGUUGAAUAUUCUAACUGGAUUAGGACCUGAAGCUGGUGCUCCUUUGGCAACGCAUCCCGAUGUUGACAAGGUUGCUUUUACUGGAAGCUCUGCAACUGGGAGCAAAAUCAUGACAGCUGCAGCUCAGCUGGUCAAGCCUGUUUCACUGGAGCUUGGUGGAAAAAGCCCAUUAAUUGUUUUUGAGGAUGUUGACCUUGAUAAGGCUGCUGAAUGGGCCCUCUUUGGCUGCUUCUGGACAAAUGGUCAGAUAUGCAGUGCAACUUCCCGCCUUAUUGUACAUGAAAGUAUAGCAACAGAAUUUUUGAAUAGGAUGGUGAAAUGGAUCAAAAACAUCAAAAUUUCAGAUCCCUUGGAAGAAGGUUGCAGGCUAGGACCUGUUGUUAGUGAAGGACAGUAUGAAAAAAUAUUGAAGUUUGUUGCCAAUGCUAAGAGCGAGGGUGCAACCAUUUUGACUGGUGGGUCUCGACCAGAGCAUCUAAAGAAAGGAUUCUUUAUUGAACCAACCAUCAUAACUGAUGUGACUACUUCCUUGCAAAUUUGGAGAGAAGAAGUAUUUGGACCUGUCCUCUGUGUGAAAACGUUUAGCACUGAGGAAGAAGCUAUUCACCUAGCAAAUGACACUGUCUAUGGCUUAGGUGCUGCUGUAAUAUCAAAUGAUCUAGAAAGAUGUGAGCGUGUUACUAAGGCUUUUAAGGCCGGAAUCGUAUGGGUCAAUUGCUCUCAGCCAUGCUUCACUCAAGCUCCAUGGGGAGGCAUCAAACGUAGUGGUUUUGGCCGUGAACUAGGAGAAUGGGGACUUGACAAUUACUUGAGUGUGAAGCAAGUGACUCAGUAUAUCUCUGACGAACCAUGGGGCUGGUACCAGCCUCCUGCAAAACUGUGAUAGGUGUCUAAAAACUGACACGAGAAUAAGGGUUGGGUAAUACCAAAUUAUGGCCGAUCUUGAAAUGAGAAGGCAUAUAAAGUCUUGUAAAACAGUGUAACUGGUUGUACUCAAGUUUAUGCUUGUAGUGUUUUUAUUCGACUCUAUUUUAUUGCUGGCCUAACCAUUAUGCGUCAAUAUUUUGCCGUCUAUCAUUCAUGAUAGGCUUCUCUCCAA